AUGAGUGUUAGCAGUGUUUAUGAUUAUCUUAUGAUUGACUUAGCAGAUCCGUUCACACGUAAUUGGACGUUAGUAGAAACGCCAUUUCCAGUAAUAAUUAUAACCUUUGCUUACUUGUAUUUUGUACUUUACGCCGGACCAAGGUACAUGAAGAAUCGACAAUCAUUUAGUUUGAGAAUCUUUAUAUUAUUUUAUAACGUAUUUCAAAUUCUUGCUAAUGCGUGGCUGGUGCACAGUUACGUAUCUGCCGGCUGGUUUACUAAAUAUAGCAUAAAAUGUAGUAAUAAUAACGAUCUGACGAGUACAAAUGGUUUAAAGCUAAUAAUUAUUACAUGGUGGUUAUUCAUAUUAAAACUAAUUGAUUAUAUCGAAACGUGUAUAUUUGUUUUACGGAAAAAACAAAAUCAAGUGUCUUCUUUGCAUGUAUAUCAUCAUGUGUCUACUGUUUUUUUUGGAUGGUAUUUCCUCAAAUAUAUAGCGGACCCCAGAAUAACAUUUGCGUGUGUACUCAAUUGUUUUAUACAUGUUAUCAUGUAUACAUAUUACUUCAUUGUAGCGUGGAGCACAACUAUGCAACAAAAAGUAUCUGUUUUUAAACCAUAUAUUACGAAAUUACAAAUGACGCAGUUUGUUGCGCUGAUAUGCUAUGGACUACAGGCUUUUCUAGAUCCAGAAUGCAAAGGAUCACAACGAGCAAAAGAACUUGUAUUC